AUGUUAGAGAGUGAUUCAAUUUUUGGUAUAAGUUUAAAAGAUGCUCUCAAUUUGACUACAGCACUUACGAUAGUUCUUAUUACAUAUAAUACUGUCAGGAAUCAAAAGUUUUUAAGAGACACACCUAAACCUAAAAAUGGUAUAGAUGAAUUGAUUGGCAACACCCAAAUGGUUUUAAUUAAAUCAUUAUCUAAAUAUACAGGAAGAAACAUCUAUGCGAAGCUGGAACUUGAGAACCCAGCAGGUAGUGCAAAAGAUAGAGUUGCUUUAAAUAUCAUCAAAACUGCCGAAAAGGAAGGUUUAUUAGUACGAGGUGAACCUGGUUGGGUUUUUGAAGGUACUAGUGGAUCUACUGGGAUAUCUAUAGCUAUGAUCUGCAAUUCCCUAGGUUAUAAUGCCCAUAUCUCUUUACCUGAUGAUACUGCUAAUGAAAAACUUGCAUUGUUGGAAAGCUUAGGAGCAACUGUUAAUAAAGUUAAGCCAGCUUCUAUUGUUGAUCCUAAUCAAUAUGUGAAUGCUGCCAAAAAAGCCUGUGAUGAACUUAAUGCAAAGCAUUUGAAGGACAAAACUAUUCCAAGAGGCAUAUUUGCUGAUCAAUUUGAAAAUGAAUCUAAUUGGAGAGUUCACUACGAAACUACAGGCCCUGAAAUUUAUCAUCAGCUAAGAGGUAAUAUUCAAGGCUUCAUUGCAGGUUGCGGUACAGGUGGUACUAUUUCAGGAGUUUCUAAAUAUUUAAAAAGUAGAUUUAGAACCAGGAAAUGCCAUGUUGUUUUAGCUGAUCCACAGGGCUCAGGCUUUUACAAUAGAAUCAAUUUUGGUGUAAUGUACGAUAGAGUAGAAAAAGAAGGGACCAGAAGAAGGCACCAAGUUGAUACAAUCGUAGAAGGUAUCGGGUUAAAUAGAAUUACCAAGAAUUUCCAAGAAGGAGAAAAAUUGAUAGAUGAAUCAAUUAGGGUCACUGACGAACAAGCUAUUAAGAUGGCCAAGUUUUUGUCUGUUAAUGAUGGUUUGUUUAUUGGUAGCAGUACUGCCAUAAAUGCAGUUGCUGCUAUAGAAUUAGCACAAAGUUUGAAACCUAAUUCCAAUAUUGUAAUUAUUGCUUGUGACAGCGGUUCAAGACAUUUGAGUAAAUUCUGGAAAGAAGCCAGAAAAGUAGAUAGUAACAUAACUAUUGAUGACAUUAUUAGUUAA